AUAAUAAAGAAUAAGUCAAAUUCUGAUUUUUUAAAUGAGCUUUAAUUUAAUUCCACUGUCUAAUCACCCCCUGAAUUGUCAAAGAGCGUCAACGAUAUUCGUCUUAGUUUGUCACUGUUCCCAUCCCUCACCUCUUCACUUGCCAAUAUAAAUAUCCAAACUUUCGAACCCUUUUCCAUUCACUUCUUCACAGUUCAGACUGCUCCACAAAGAUACAUAUACUCUAAUAACAUAACAUCCUUAGUUUUAUCAAAUACUUUGAUGUUUAUGUGAAGGCUGAAGCAGAAGAAGUUUGAGCCAUGUCAGAUGAUCAGUUUCAAGCAAGUGGAAACUGGUGGGAAUCUGGAAGAAACGUGAGGUUUGAGAGUGGUGAAACGCAGUCUUCUUCUUCUGGGCUCACCAACAUGGGAAACUAUGCUUGGCAGCAAGACAUGGGUAGGUCUUCUUCUUCCAUGGAUAACUCUGCCUCAGGAGGUUCCUCUGUGGUUUUCCAUGACCAGAAGCAGCUUCAAGUUCAGCCACAUCAUGACUCAUCAGCCACAAAUCCCACCAAUGACCAUCCCAACUUGCAUAUGAUGGGCUUGGGCCUCUCAUCCCAAGCCAUGGACUGGAAUCAAGCAUCUUUGCAGCUACGAGGUGAGAAAGGUUUCAGGUCGAUGUUGCAAGAGAAUUUGAGCACUCCAGGCACCACGUUUCAGCAAGAAAGUGCGUUGUCUCAUCAUCAACAAGUUCAUUGGAGGCCAGAAAAAUUGUUCUCUGCGGAGUCAUCAAGCAAUGAAUUCAAGAGGGGUUUCUCCUUAGACCAAUAUAGCUCUGGGGACAGCACUGUCACAAGCCAAGGUUUGCCUUGUAGUUUUCAGAUGGAUUAUGUCGGUAACCCUUCUUCAAUAUUGCAAGGACUUUUGGGACAUGAGAGCAAUAACCAACAACCCCACCAAGGUGGUACUGCUUCUUUUGAGAAUCGUUCCAUGAAUUUUCCUUACUCAGCAACAACCUAUGGAUUAAGCUCAAAUAUUGAGUUAGUUCCUUCAUGGUCAAAGGUUCCUCAGUUCUUAAGAGCUUCACCACCAAAACAACCACCCAAUAACCACUUGCAUUUCACCAACAACGCUCCCUUUUGGAACGCUAAUUCUGAUCCUGCUAUAAAGGAUGCUCGAUCCACCUUCAUCUCCUCUUUGCAAACCCCCUUCUCGCCAUCAAAUUUCGAUGUUCAAUCAAAGAAUGUAUCUGAAGUUAGAGAGUCGAGUAUGGUGAAGAAAAGUGGGAGUGAAACAGCAGCAAAAAGGCCAAGGAACGAAAACCCAUCUCCUUUGCCAGCUUUUAAGGUGAGAAAAGAGAAGAUGGGGGACAGAAUCACUGCACUCCAACAAUUGGUUUCACCUUUCGGAAAGACUGAUACAGCGUCAGUGCUCUCUGAAGCCAUUGAAUACAUCAAAUUCCUCCAUGAACAAGUCACCGUUUUAAGCACCCCCUAUAUGAAAACCGGUGCUCCCAUACAGCAUCAGCAGGGUUCUGGUAAAUCGAAGGAAUCUGAGGGUCCAAAGCAAGAUCUUAGAAGCCGAGGGCUAUGUUUGGUGCCAGUUUCUAGUACAUUUCCAGUGACUCAUGAACCCACAGUUGAAUAUUGGACACCAACAUUUGGAGGAACUUACAGAUAGCUAAUUUAUUAGUGGGUGGCAAAAGUGGCACGGAAGCAGUACCCUCAGCAACUAGGACAACAUGUCUUAUCAAGAAACUGGCCAAAUUGGGAAUCAUAAGAUCAAAGAAAACAGAGAUGUCAAGUUAUAUAGUUAAUUAGUUCUUCUGAGAUUAUGGAAAUUCAAGAUAUUAUAUAGAGGGAGGAGGAAAAAUCACCUUCAGCAAAAGGGUCACAGUAGACCAACUACAUCAAGAAUGAUGAAAGAUGAGCAAGGUAAUUUGGCCAAUUUUGGCACCAUUGGAGCACAACAUAUAUAUUUAUAUAGUUAUAAGUUGUAUUAAUAAUUAAAUAACUAUCUGUUGGAUCUAUCGAGAAGGAGGUUCAUCUGAAAGAUACAAUAAAAAAAAAUGGAGGGAUUAGGAGUGACAAAGAAUUAUGUUGCGGAAUAUAGGGAAGUUCUUGGAAGCUUAGAUAGAAAAUUGUUGUUAGAGGAAGAUAAAGGAGCUUUGUUAAUUUUUGUUGUUGUUAUUUUGUGCAUAGAGCUGGGACUACUACUUUAGUUGAAGAAAAAGGAAAAACUAAAUUGAUUGAAUCAUUGAAAUAUAGAAGAGUGAGUGAAUGUGGGAUAUGUCAUUUGAUUGGAAAUCUCACUUUUGAUUUGUUUAUUUCUUUAGAAUAUGUAAGUGGAAGUCAGAGAGUGGCCCACUCCUCCCUUUCAGUUUUUGUUUCAAAAUUUUAAAUUACAUGUUUACAUUUUCUAUUAUAUA